GUCAAAUGAUGAACAAGUUGCUAGAAUCAAAUUCUGGUGUUCUUUAUUCUUGUUCGAAUCCGCCGAAAUUUGUUCAAAGUAAAACAGCCCAAACGAACUAUGGAGAACCUUCAGACAAUGGUGAACGUCUCUGUACAGUGCCAAGUGGCAGUAUUCGAAGUCCUAAAGAAUGCCAAGGAAAGCCAUUUCAUUUCAUAGAUUGUCAAGCAAAUGGAAUAUUUAGAAAGAAGUUGUACAGGAAAAGGUUGUAUGAAUGGGCAACAAUGGGGAUUGAACAUCGUCAAAUCAAAACAGGGAGAGAAGUCAGCUCGAAAAUGCCAGAAAAUAAGACGAAUGUGACUUCUAAUAGUUUAAAGUCUCGUUAUAUUGAAGAGGCAUUGGAAGCAAUUGAAUUAAGAUGUACUAGCAGAAAGAAUAGCAUUAGGGCAAAAAUUCUACUGAGAAAAGAACAUCUUUUGACAAAGGAAGAGGAGCAAGAUAUCCAUACUAAAGCUGACUUGUUUGCAAUCACCACAGUUCCUGAUCCUAGAUUCUUUGUUCUGCCAAAAGAUGACCCUUUCCCUCUUCCAACUCUGGAGUCACAGAAACAGACAUGUCUUUCACCAUCAAGGAAAAAGCGCAGGCGGAAUUAUGGAAACACAGACUGCUACGUUUACUUCCAUAAUCACGAUGACGUCUUUGAUAACACAAAAAUGCUACCCCUAAGCACCAGGCUUAUAAAGCCUCCAACAAAGCUUGUGGAGCUUGUGGCUCAGGCAGUCACCUCUAGUCCAGAUGGGCUGUUGCAAGUACAGCAAAUAUACACAUUUCUACAAAACAAGUAUCCCUUCUUCAGAUACAUGGACAAAAUUGCUGUGAACAGUUGGAGGAGUUCCAUUAGACAUGCUCUUUACCAGAAGUGGUUCCGAAAAAUCCGCUUUGAUGUCAGCUACAUCAGCAGUAAAGGAUGCUACUGGGCCAUCAACAAGAAACAUAAUCCAAGGGAAUGGAAUCUUCCAGAAACUGCAUUUGAAGACUCUGCAUCUGAAUAUAGGGAUUAUAUAGAAUACAGGGAUCUUAUGGAACUAGAGGAGAACCCAAUUUACCAGUAUGCUGAUGAAGGUUGCGAGGAAAUAAGACUGGGGGACCUAAAUAUGGAGUUGUGGAGCCCAGCAGACUCCUGUGUGAACUCGCAGGCUGAAAUCCAUGUACCGUCCCCUGUCAGAGAGCCUGACCCGAUCCUAGCCACCUGUGCUACUGACUGGAACAAUGAGUUGUGUUUGUCAAGUGGUGAGUCAGGAUGCUGUUCAAUGUCCCCUCUAGUCUUGUCUUCUGAUAGCUGCUCUAUUCCAUCCCAGAUUCUGUCACAAUCUUCAGACAUUGACUCAGGUGAUGAUGAACCAGUAGAUGAAACACAAAGAUUCACAAUGAAAGAAAACACAAGAACAAAUCAUAGCUCUAGUUCUUCACCAUUUGUUAACUGGACACCAAACUGGGAAGAUUAUGGUUCAUAUAUUCUUUCCCCACAGAACGUAACGACCCAGAAGUACCUACUGGAUCUGUCAUGUGGACAGAUAGACAAACAACAGGUUGUUGCAACUUCAUCUGAACAUGAGGAGACCGUGCUUUCAGAAUUACCAGCAGGGUCUGACUUGGACCAGUCAGUGGACUGCAUGCAUUUUGCCACUGACAGUGGUGAUGGUAAAUGCAGUGAGUUUCAGGUACUUGCUGAAUAUUCUGAGAGUGAUGAAAACACAACCAAAAUCUUGUGGUAAAAAGGUGGUUGUGAGUUACCAGUGAUGGGGUUAACAUCAGAAGGAACGAAGUAAUAUUAAAUUAUGGACGCCAAACCAAGUUUUGUAAAUUACUUAAGACAAUAAGCGUUUAAACGAAUUGCAGAAACUGAAAUAAAUGCAUGAUCUUACACAAGUGUAAUUUUCUGACUUGAAUUUUUGUUUGUACAUAUUGGCUACUUGCAUGUAUUUAUUAAUCAUGAAAAAUAAAUAUUAAACUUAACUUUUAUGUUGCUCAUGUUUCAAAGUGUCGCAUGAAUUUAUUUCUGGAAUCUAUAAAACACAUUUUUAUCAUAAUGAAGAAGAAUGCAGCUUGGCAGAGAAUCAUACCAUGAUAAGGAAAAACAACAAAGGCAAUUUAAGAGCCAGACCAAUUAAAUGGUUGGUUAUCAAACUUAUGAGGU